AUGCACAGCCCGUAUUCAGAGGUGCUUUAUUUUGUGCAUCAAGCCUAUCAGACAAUUUUACCAUGUGGCAACAAAUAUCUUCAGCUAAAAUGGGACAAAGCAAAGUACGAAGAACACAAGAAAAGGAUCCAGACAGCAAAACCAUUAAUGGACACAAAUGCCCCUGCAAUAUACAGCCACCAUCAUCUGAAGUUAGAGAAAGAUGAAGGUACAUUGGAGGAAGAUCGACUUUCUGUCAUCAAAAGAGACAAGCGUUUGCUGCUGGAGAAGAUGUCCUGCAUCAAGAGAACAAAGGGACAAACUGAUAACAAAAAUGACUAUAAGGCAGCAGCAGCAGCACUAUUUCUGUGUAGUUAUCAAAUUACCUUCCCAGUGACAAACAUAGCUAAGGAUAAACUGCUCUGUUGA